AUGGAUUGUGACUGCGUGGCCCUCACUGCUAAUAUGCAGGCGCAGAGUCCCACCCCGCUGGCUAGUGCCCGCACUCCGGCUGAGCGUUUACGUGAGGUCUGGAGUGAGGAGCAAGGUUGGCCUUGGUGCUGGUGUCGUGCCCUGGGAGUUGCUGAAGCAGCUCUCAGUGCCCUUCCCAGAGCCAUCAGAGCUUCUUCCGCGGCCCUGCCUCGUUCGGGCUGUCGGGAGACCCAAGAGGAGCGCUCGCAGCAGCAGAGCGUGACACCUGCUGCUGCAGCGCCAGUGAGGAGGAGCAGCCCCUCAUCCCCUGCUCCACCCAGCCCGCUGCCGCAGCUGGAGAGCAUGGCCACGGCGCUGGACAGUCGCUGCACCAUUUGUCUUGACACCUGGGACAACGCCAGCUAUGUGAUGCCAUGUCUCCACCAGUUUUGCUUCCGAUGCAUCCAGCAGUGGGUGGACAACAAGCCCGAGUGCCCCCUCUGCAAGAGGAGAGUCAGCUCCAUCGUGCACUCGGUGCGGGCCGAUGACAGCUUCGAGGAGCUCGUCAUCCCACCACCUGCAGAGGCACCGGUCAUCGCCCAGCAGGCACAGAGAGUUCACGGCCACCCAGCCACCCGCAGACUCCGUCGCCCAGCAGCCUCCCGACCACAGGCUGCAGGACCGGUGCCUACAGCUCCUGCGGGCGACCUCCACCCCUACAUCUGGGCCUCCCUCUUCCGCCUGCACCCAGAGAUGCUGCAGCCCCUGCUGCCCUGGGUGCGCCAGGAGCUGGGACAACUCUUGGGGGCUGACGGCAGGGAAGCCUCUGCAGCGCUGAACUUGGUCAUCUCCGGCCUGUGCUUCCUUGGCCUCGACCAGGGGGCCCUGACCCUGCUCAUGCGCACCUCCCUGCAAAGCCACGCACCCAGCUUUCAUGGCACUUCAGAAAUCAAAGGCAUAAAGAUGACUGGAUGA